AUGAUCGUGUCCAACGUGAGCUUGAGCGGCUGCGCAGGGGUCAACAGCGCUCUGUGUGCCGGAGCAGGGGAAGGCUCAUACCGGACCACCCUCACACCGACAGGGAACCUGGUCGUAGCUGUGUGCCUGGGCUUCAUCGGCUCUUUCGGACUUAUAAACAACCUGCUGGUGCUCGUGCUCUUCUGCCGCUACCAGAUGCUGCGGUCGCCCAUCAACCUGCUCCUAAUAAACAUUUCCAUCAGCGACCUGCUGGUGUGCGUACUGGGGACUCCGUUCAGCUUCGCGGCCAGCACGCAGGGAAGGUGGCUCAUAGGAGAAGCAGGGUGCGUGUGGUACGGCUUUGCAAACUCUCUCUUUGGCAUCGUGUCCCUGAUCUCCCUGGCUGUCCUCUCCUAUGAGCGUUACAGCACCAUGAUGACCCCCACUGAGGCAGACCCUUCCAACUACCAUAAGAUCUCAAUGGGCAUCGCCCUGUCCUGGGUCUACUCCCUUAUCUGGACCCUGCCGCCACUCUUUGGCUGGAGCCGCUAUGGCCCUGAGGGUCCCGGGACCACCUGCUCUGUCGACUGGACGGCCAAGACGACAAAUAACAUAUCUUACAUCAUCUCCCUGUUUGUCUUCUGCCUCAUCGUCCCGUUCCUGGUGAUUGUGUUCUGCUAUGGGAAGCUGCUGUGUGCCAUCAGACAGGUCAGCGGGAUCAAUGCAUCGAUGAGCAGGAAACGUGAGCAGCGCGUGUUAUUCAUGGUGGUGAUUAUGGUGGUCUGCUACCUAUUGUGCUGGCUGCCAUACGGCAUCAUGGCUUUGCUGGCCACCUUCGGUCCGCGUGGCCUGGUCACACCCGAGGCGAGCAUCAUCCCCUCACUCCUGGCCAAGACGAGCACAGUCAUCAAUCCAGUCAUCUAUGUCUUCAUGAAUAAACAGUUUUACAGAUGUUUCCAAGCCCUGCUGUGUUGUGAGGCUCCUCGACGAGGCUCCAGUUUAAAGAGCUCCUCCAAGGUUGCCACCAAAGCCAUGAGAGGUGUAGCAGUCACUGGUCCCCGUCAUACCAAUGAUUUCCUAUAUAUGGUGGCCUCCCUGGGUCAACCGGCCGCCACCGUGCCCCAACUGGACCCCUCUUUUGAACCCUCCAAUGAUGUCACUAAACCCCCCUCUUCAGACUUCAACAAACCUGUUAUAGUAUCACUAGUGGCCCACUUUGAUGGCUGAUGAUUGUCUACAACCAUGAAAAGUCCCAAAGUCUCCAGCCAGGAAGUCAUUAAUAAUGAGAGAGAUGGAGUUUCUAAGGCUUGAAGAGCAGAAGCCUGGCAAUCCAGGUGGAUUUAAAGCCACUGUUGCAUCGGCUAGUAGAGAUGAUGGACCAGUAACAAAGCAAAAUCUUGAGACUGCCUCUGGACGGUACGAGCAGAAAUCAGAUGCAGUAAAUCUGCAGAACAGAAGCUGGGAGUCUGUGUUUCUACGCAAGAAAAAGUAUACAUCUGUCUUGCUAGGAAUGACCAUUUGAAGGAUGUUCUUUACACGAUUUUAGAAGAAAGCACUGUCAGACUGUUUUGGUAACAGAAUAGGAAUUGUAAGCAUUAUUUAUUUUGUGCAGUAUCAAAUUUUAGAUAUUCAGUCUCAUAAAAUCCCAUAUAAAGAUAGAUAGAUAGAUAGAUAGCUUUAUUGUCUGUCCCAAAAAAAAGGUGACAGAAAUUCUCCUUCGACAAGGCUCCUGUGUUCUGAGUGCAGGAAGAGGGAUAAGAUGUAUUUUUUUUUAUUAUUAUUGGUUAUUAAAUGUGGUUCCAAAAUGAGGUUGAAGAACACAUGUUGUUUAUUAUCCCACGCAUUUUAAAGUCUUUUUUAGAGUAGAAAAGAUUGAAAAUCCAAAAAAGACUGAGAAUGUACUCGUAAUGACUGUCUUUUUAGUUUUUAUUCCCUGCCUGUAAUAUUCAUUUAAUUUGUCACUUUGAAAUGCUUAAGUGGUUUUCAGUUAGUGAUUUGUUGGACAUGUAGCAUUGCUAGCAUGCUAGCGCCAUUAAAGUUUUUGUAGGAAUAGUGAUUUAAGGUUAUAGAGGAGCUGCAUUUUGGAGUGUUACUGCAUCGUUCCUUCAAUAAUGACUAUGUGCAGCAUAGUAUGCAAAUGAGGUUGGAAAAAUACAGUGUCUGGGAAUGCUGCAUUGAAAAUGUAUGUAAACUUUUUCAUGGUUUUUAGUAGACAUUUAUUUCCACAUGUUCUUGUCAAAUCAGCUGUGAAAUCUGCUUUUUCAACUGUGCUUAUGUAUUCACAAAGGACUGAGGCCACAGGCCCUUUGUGAGUGACCUUUAAAAUGAUCAGCAGCUCAGUCCCUUGCUCAUUGGCACACAGUCAGCAGUGCAUGUUGACAGGCGUUAGCCUCUACCCAUAAUUUUUACAACAUUUAAUCUAUUUGCUUCCACUAAAUUUAGUCUACUGUGUUUAACAGUCUUUGAAUAUCAGAGAAAACCCUAACAACAAACAUUAAUCAUUUUGCUGUGUUUCACAGAACACAACAAAGCACCUAUUUUUUACUCGAGGCAACAAAUAACUUUUAGAUGGAAUAAAUGUUAUAUUACUAUAUAUUGUUUGCCACGUGCUUGUCUGGAUCUUGUUAAAUUCUUUGAUAGCUGACACUUUUCCUUCUUGUUAUACAAAGAUAAGUGUGGAGUUUCUGAAAGCAGUGCAUCAGUGCUGUGUUGUCAGUGAAUGUCAAAGUAAGUGAUGUGGUACUUUUUGCUACUACAUAAAGAUACAGUGUGUGCAAUUUUUUUGUAAUCCAUUUUUAGCACACUAACUGUUUUCUAUGUGCUGUCAAGAUCUUGUAUACAUUAAUGUACAUAAAUUGAUACCAAAGCUGAAAAAAAUGUAAUGAUUUUUGAGGGGUUCUGUUCAAUAAAGGUUUUUUUCAUUCUAAA